CUGUGGUGAUUAAAUUAACCUUUUAGCAACUAUUUGAAAAACAAUGGGCAUGAGAGGCUAUAAAAAUCUUAGCUGUGCUGGAGUUUGUCCUUUUUAACAGAAAACCUUCUUGGAGAGCUGCUGGACUCAAAAAGAGGUAAGACCUUGUGCCUUUAACUCUGAAACUAUAAAGCCACUUUUUGCCCAGGCUGUCUUAGUAAAUAAUGGUGCCUGUAUGUAUUUCAGGGGUGGAUCUGUUUAGCAUGGAACCAGGCCAAGGCACACAUGGGGGGGAACAGAACAACCAUGUCCCUGCAACACUUUAUCCCAUAGUAAAAGUACAGUCAAAACAUGAGAAAUCCUUAGACCAGAGGGAAAACAAACUCAAAAGAAAAAGGAAGGAGACGGCUGAAAAGGAAAAUUCACCAGCAUCAGUGACUGAAGGAUGCAUGAAGCCCUGCAGGGGCAACCUUUCUGAAAAUGCUGUUGUCAGCGCUACAAGGACAAGGACACCUCCUCCAGAACCACUAAAGAACCAGGAAUCUGCUUUGAGACCUUUAACAACGCAAAACAGCCCAGAUCUCAUAUACGUGAAACCCAAGGACAAAACAAAAGACUCUGGGCUUUUAACUAAUCGAUAAUGGAGUAUGCAGAAAAAAUGUACCUGGUGCCCAGCCACCAGUUGGAGCAAUUAAGGGCUCCCCCUCCGGCAGAGGAAAAUAUCAGAACAACAGCGACUCGCUUACUGGACGCUGAAAUGAAGUCUGUUCUUCAAAGAACUGACCUGGCCGAAUACGAAAAGGCUAAACUUUACAGCGCCGUGCUUCAAAGGUACCUAACGUACGUGAAGCAAAGCGAUGCGGAUAAAGGGAAAAUAAGUCUGUUUCUACCGGAACAGGAACAAAGCGUAACUGCCAAACCCCCAGAAACACCAAAGAACUCAGACUCUGUUGCUCAGGAGGUGCUGGAUAACGUGAAUAAGCGUUUUAAAAAAAAUGCAAUAGUAUUGCUAAAUAAACUGGGCCAGGAUAAAAAUCUCUCUUCAUGGGACGAUAAAGGGUCUUUUGUGUACAAAGGCUCUGUGGUUAAUGGUUCUAACAUGCUUGACUUAGUCAGGGCCGUCACCCAAACGCGCUCUUUACCUAGCAAACGUGUACCUAAAGGAUGGGAUGUGUUUAUGAAUGCCAUGGCGGAACUGAACGUACCCUCUUCCGUCAUGGGCAAU